AAGGGCGUUUUUGCGGAGCGAGAGGGGUGCGAGUGCAGAGAGAGAUGUCCGUUGGGGCGCAGCCGGCGGUCAGUGGUGGGAAGUGGGCAAAUGCUGGUGAGAGAGGGGGGAGAGUUCCGGGUCAGGCGUUGGUGGAAGAGUGUGAAGUGGACGCGGUCAAGGCAUUGAUAGAGGCCGAUGCAAUAAUGAGGGAGGAGCUGCACGACGAAGACUUGGAUGGCGUGGACGACGCGGAGUUGCUGAGCGAGCUAUCGAGGCUGCAGAUGCAACUGGGAGGGAAAGUGACAGAGGAAGCAUGCGCAGGAGAUGAGGAGCAUGGAUCUGAGGGCGGGGAUUGGCCAAAGAGCGAAAAAGAAAACCGAUCGGAGGAAUACGAGGAAGAUGAGGAAAAAAAUUUAGACGAAUUUAUAGAAGAGGCGAGUGAGCUAAAUUACGCAUCAGGUCGUCAGCAAGCGGUCGGGGUCGAAGAAGUUUCUGCACCGUUCGCAGAUGGGAUCAAAGAGUUGAUACGGGUGGACGAAAGUGAGAGCAGACAAUAUUUUGCGCCUGCGUGGUACAGUAAAGGCGAAGGCAAAAGAGAACUGGCCGUAUCUAGAGAGGUAUUGUUUGAUUAUAUUGAGUACAUGCUGGAGAGACAGAUCGUGGAACGUCUAGAGGAUGCGGUCAGAGCGAAAAACGCCAAGCAGAGCGAGGAAUUGUUGAAGUUCUUGGAAGCAAAAAAAAAAUUACAGUACGAUUUGUCGGUGGUUCGACUGGCAAGAAAAGAAGAAAAGUGCCCGCCUCCCAAGUACCACGUAGAACUGCAAGAAUCAAAAAUGGAGGUUGUAAACGAGGACUUGUCUAGCCAAGAAAUGGAAAUAUGCAUUCGUCGGUUAGUUGACAUGAGGUCCGCAGAUAAAGAAUCAUUUUUUGCAACAUGCGAAUUUUUUUACCCUGAUUCCAAGUCUCUGAAACACUUGGAAACGCCAAUUUCAAAGGCCUGUUUAUCUCCCGUGUUCAACUAUACUUCGAAGGUACGAAUCGAUCGAGGUCAUGCCCUCGAACGCCUCAUACGUAGGAAAAUUGUCUUCAAAGUGUACAGACCGUCUUCUUGGUUUCUGGGUCGUCCGACCAUCGUAGGAAGGUCUGAGCUGAAAAUAAGCGAAUUGGCGGAGAGGGUGCAGGUGGAGGCCCUGCUUCCUCUGGUCGACGAAGGGCCCCUCCGCCAGGUUAGAGGAAGUAUCGACGUGGCAGUUAGACUCAGAAUACCCGUCUGCAAAAAACAGUGGGUGUACUCCGAAAAAAAAGUGCUGGUCAUAGACCAACACUGCUUCGAAUCAUGCGGAUUCGAUCCGUCUGAGAGCGCUGCAAAACAGGUGGUUCAGGACAAUUCCGAGCCUCAAGUGUCCAGUUUUCCAACACCCGAGCCUCCAGUAUCCAGUUCUCUGAAUUCCAGUUUUCCAGUACCCAAGCCUCUGGUAUCCGGUUCUCCGAAUCCCAGUUCCCCAGACUCUGACAUUUCGGCCGACCAUCGCUCUCUUAAUUGGAUUGUAAGCUAUGCGGUGCUGGAUUCUAUUCAGUCCAGGCUUCUCAAUCAGAUGCGUCAGCAGAGUGCCUCUUCCAGCGCUCAUCCGGACGCGCAGCAGCUUCAAACACAGCUCCUCCAGGUCCAAGCAAAGAUGCAGCUCAUCGUCGUACAAAUUCAGCGGGGCAUCCUCACGCCUGAAAAAUACCGCGCGCUUUUGGAGGAAAAAAUACGCGCUGAGUUGCAGCUCGCCAUCUCGCUUAAGGCUCGGGGACGAGAACCCGAGGCCAGACUUGCGUUGGGCAGGGCCAAAAUAAUGCAAAAAGAAAUAGAAGAAUGAGUGUCUGUCCCGCAGCGCACACGUUCACGUUUGGCUCGUACGUCGCAUCGGUGCUUAUUUUGGCAGUUGGUGUAGGCAAAUUCCGGUGCCGAUCAAAGAAUGUUGUGCAGACGGAACUCGAUGCGGCUAUUUGCAAUA